AUGGAGGCUAAUUUUGAAGAUUGUAAAGAAUCUUAUAACUACGAAAAUAUCUGUUUGGGUGGGAUGAUAGUUCUCAACGGAUUAAAUGGCGAAGAGUUGUGGAGACAUUUCUUUACAAACGAAAUUUAUUCUUUAAAUUGUAACCAGGAUUUAAAUGGUGAUUUUGUAAAUGACUGCAUUGCUGCAGGCAGAAGCGGGACACUGGAAGCUGUAAAUUUAGUGAACGGAGAAUCGUUGUGGACAUUUACUAAUUCAUUAUCUAGAGACGAGAGAAUGAACCUUUACACGGCUCAGUUCAUCGGCGACAUCGAUGGCGAUUUUGUGGACGAUUUGGUUAACAUUCACGGAGGAAACCCUCUUGCAUUUAAAGAUUCAAAUAGGAUUUCUGGAAAGAUAGUUGUACUGAGCGGCAGAUCUGGAGUAGUACUUAUUGAAACAACUGUUCCAGACCAGAAAGAAAGUUAUUAUUCUCCGAUAUUGCAAACUUUUAAAAAUAAUCAAAAGUUAAUUUUUGGAACCGGCGGUGAAACUCAGCACGGUUCUUUGUGGAUUUUGUCCAUCAAAGAUCUGCUCACCAAAAAUGUUUCCCAGGCAAAACAGAUUUAUGUAGCAAAACACAAAGGAAUUAUGACACCACCUAUCAUGAUUGAUUUGAAUGGCGAUCUUAUUGAGGACAUAGUCUUCUGCGAUUUCAACUCAACUGUUUUGGCUUUGGACGGCGAUACUUAUGAAAAAAUCUGGUCGUUCGCAUUUCAAGAUUCAGAAACAUACUCGUUGGUUCCAUCUACCGAUAUGUUGUUUUCACAUUGCUUAGUUGUUAAAUAUUUCACAGAUUUACGUCACUGCUAUUGA